CGAAGUGUGUGCGACGUUUAGGGUGAGGAGGAGCCAAGCGCAAAUAAAAUAAAAAUCGGUGUGUAUCGAAAACGAAAAUAUAGAAGAAGAGCAAAAAAACGAUCCGGCUAAGUGAGUCGGCAAAGUGGAAGUGCGUGUUUGCGAAGAUUGAAGAAGCAAAUAAAUGCGUGUUUGGAGAGGCCAAGUGGGGCAGAAACCAUUUCGCACCACCGGUGAACGAGUAAUGGUAUUCUAACUGAAAUUUUAAAAUCACUAUUUCAUGUUCGAAAAGUGCUAAUUUAGCAAUUUUGGAUAAGGGUAAAUUCAGAGUAAUUGUGCAAUUGAGCCCAAACUGGGCAACUGAUUAUAGUGUGGGUUCUGGUGAAAAUAAUCCUUUUCGGAAGCUUAUGGUUAAAGGCCGAUCGAAUCAUGUUUGCUGGUGGAAAACUAUUGCGGCUGAGCAUAAUCACCUGGACUAUCAUCAGCGGACCGACGGCUGCUGUUCGGGCAGAAUCCGAACAUCAAGGUCUCUACACUAACCGACUGGAGGAUGCACAGCUGGUUGUGCCCCGAAAGGUGAACCAACGGGGGGACAUGAUCUCCCAUCGGUUAGCACAUUAUCAUCAUCUUCAUCAUCACCAUCAUGCGCACCGUCUGCACCAGCGGGAGCAACAGCAACAGCAGCCGCAGUUGGGCGACGAUGCGGCGCCGCCCAGUGCCGAUCGAAGAAGCCGUCGGGAAGUGAAUGCCGUCGAAGAAGGCGGGAAAUUACAUUAUCGGAUCGAUGUUGCGGAUCAGACACUGCAUCUGGAGCUGGAGCCAUCGACGGAAUCGUUCGUAGCGCCAUUAAUGGUAGUGGAACGGCAUCGGCGAGAUCUACGGACCCGAUCACGUCCCAAGAAGCACAUCCACAGCUGUCACUACCAAGGACACAUCCGAGGUCAUGAACAGUCCCGUGUAGCUCUGUCCGCCUGCAAUGGAUUGACCGGUUUCCUGAGAACCAACAAAACCGAAUACUGGAUCGAACCAUCCAAGAAUCACAACCCAUCGGACAGCGAUGGUCAUCCGCAUGUCAUUUUCAAACGGGCAGACGUCAAAGACAUUAAGGAUGCUCGAUCGAAGAAAGCAUCCGCGUCCGCGAAUGCAGCGACCGGUAAGAAGAAGAAAAAGAAACGAAGGAAGCGCCAUGCGAGCAACUGCGGCACCAAGGAACCACGGCGGCUCACCGAAACCCAUAUCGAGUGGCAGCACCAGGGAAAGGUGAUCGUACAGGGUGGUCGUAAGAGUCGUGAUCAUCCGGGUCCUGGGGGAAACACCGGCGGAGGCAGGAAGCGCAUCAAACGAUCCAUCAGCACUCCGCGGCACGUGGAGGCGCUAGUCGUGGCCGAUCAUUCGAUGGUUCAAUUCCAUCAGGAUGUGGACCUGCAGCAGUACCUGCUGACAAUCAUGAAUAUGGUUUCUUCGCUGUACAAAGAUCCCACUAUUGGGAAUUCGAUUCAGGUCGCGGUGGUACGGAUAAUCAUUCUGGAGGAGGAAGAGUCACAUGCCGAUUUCAACGUGACUCAUGUGGCGGCCAACACGCUGGAAAAUUUCUGCAGAUGGCAACGCAGCCUGAAUCCGAAAGCGGAAGACGACCCUCACCAUCACGAUGUGGCGAUUUUGGUUACGAGAAAGAAUAUCUGUUCCACCCAUGGAUGCUCUACCCUGGGAGUUGCCAACGUGGGCGGUAUGUGUCGUCCGGAUAAAUCGUGCAGCGUCAACGAGGACAACGGGAUAACCCUGGCGCAUACGAUCUCCCACGAGCUGGGUCACAACUUCGGCAUGUACCACGAUACGGUGAAGACAGGCUGCGAUCAUCGAAUAGGUCCGAUUUUGCACAUCAUGACGCCAAGUUUCGAAGCGGAUACCAUGCAAGUUUCGUGGUCCAACUGCAGCCGGCGGGACAUUACGCACUUCCUGGACUUAGGCCUGGGCAAGUGUCUCGAGGAUCAACCGAGUCAGCAGGAGUACAGCUACCCGGAGCUACCGCCGGGAGCCAUGUACAACGCCGACCUCCAGUGCCGGCUGCAGUUCAACUCGACCGACGAAGAAAUGACCGUCUGCUCCAAGCUGGACGAAAUCUGCAAUCAGCUCUGGUGCCUGGUGGAUGAUGUCUGCAUGACAAUGAUGCGGCCGGCGGCACCCGGAACAAACUGCGGCAAACGCAAGUGGUGCCAGAACCAGCAGUGCGUCGAUGUCGAAGAACUUCCCGCGCCGGUGGACGGUGGUUGGGGCGAAUGGAGCUCGUGGAGUGAAUGUUCCAGGGAAUGUGGUGCAGGAAUAGCGAAACAAACGCGGGAGUGUGAUCAUCCUUCGCCCGCUCACGGUGGAUUGUUUUGUAUUGGGGAGAGAGCGCGGUACAAGACAUGUAACACGCACUCCUGCCCGCCGGAAACGCCAUCCUCUAGGGCGCAGCAGUGUUCCGAGCAUGACAACGAUACCGUAAAGGGGGAAAAAUACACGUGGUUGCCGUACUUCGACAAAAACGAACCUUGCGAGCUGUACUGCACCAACUCGGAGGACACAAUCAUAGUGCCGUUCGGGGAUAACGCCGCCGACGGAACGCCGUGCAAUCUAGGCAGCAACGAUAUGUGCAUCGGGGGGAUCUGCCGGAAGGUAGGCUGCGAUUGGAUCGUUGACUCCACCACUACCGAGGAUCAAUGCGGUGUUUGCGGCGGAACCGGUGACAGUUGUACUGUGAUUCAGGGUAAUUUCACCAAAAAAGUCAACAUGAGUGAUGGCUUUUACGACGUGCUACAGAUCCCGGUCGGUGCGAGAAACAUUCUGGUGGAGGAGAUGGGACCGUCGAAGAAUUUCAUUGGAAUCGGGAAGGUUAGCAGUAAGGAGUACUACCUGAACGGAAAUAGAUUGAUUCAGAUGCCGGGAGAGUACGAAAUAGCAGGCAGCUUGGGGCUAUACGACCGGGAAGAUGAACAGGAGAAGAUCAAAAUCCCCGGGCCGAUCACCGAUGAUAUCACAAUAUCGGUGAUCAUGAAAAAAAAGAACAAUCAUGCCGGCAUCCGAUAUGAGUACACACUAUCCUCCAACUCAACUCGGAACCACUCCCCGUACUACUGGAAGCUAACCGAUUGGACGCUCUGCUCGGCAACAUGCGGCGGUGGCAAACAGCAUCGCGAAUCCGUUUGUAAUCAUCGGGGUGAAGGCAUCGUAGAUAAUAGCUUUUGCGAGCAGAACGCUCACAACAAACACCACGAAAAGAUGACCCGUAACUGCAAUGAGGAUCCAUGUCCGGCAAACUGGUGGGUCGGUCCGUGGCAGCUUUGUUCUGUGACCUGCCGGAAACCGGGCGAUUCCAACCCGAUCAGAAAGCGGUCGAUCCUGUGUGUCGAUCAGAACCUGAACGCCCAGCCGGACAGCCGCUGCGAAGGUAAGUCCCGGCCCACGGAUAAUGAACCUUGCCCCGGCCGAUUGCCGCUUUGUAAGGGCCUGCUCGAUACACAGAUCCUGGUGGAGGACGUUCCACCCGAGUACGAGGAGAAUAAUGUCAUUUAAAAAGCGCGGAAAGUGCGCAUCGCUGUUUAACAGUUGGUAUUAUGUUAUAUUAACAUUUGUCUUAUUUUAGCAGAGCAUUUUUACGCUAAGAGAUUUUUUAUUGGAGCGUACUUACAUUCUCGUGAAAAACAAGUAUUAUUUUACAACACAAAUAGACACUCCUGCCCAGAGGAAUAGUUACUAGUACAAAGCUAUUUAAAAAACAGAAACUUUCGAAGAUGCAACAAACAGAGACUCUUUUAAGAUGAGGUUUUAAAACUUAUAUAUUUACAGUGUAUUUUUAAAUGUACUGCUUUAGGGUGGCUCAGUUGCUAAGACCCCGGAAACAAAAUGCUUGCUUUUAUUGCAUGUUUUAAUACUAAAUUACGACCUAAGCAAGACAAUACGAACAACAUCAGAUAAAUAAAUAUGAAAUCUCUUA